AUGUCACCACCACCACCAGCUGCAACUCCAUCACCACCACCCGCCCCAACCUCGGCCUCAGCAACAGCCUCCACACCACCCACCCCAUCACCCUCCACAUCUCCAGACCCCAACUCCGGCAGCGACAAACAAAUCACCAUAGCCGCCGGCGACACACUAGAGAAGAUCGCAGCCGAGAACGCAGUCGGCAUAUGCGACAUCGUCAAGGCGAAUAACAUCCAGGACCCGAAUUUGAUUCUUGCGGGCGAGAUGUUGACGGUUCCGGUGUUGAUGGGGGAGAAGGACGAUAAGGGAGGAGAUGGUGGCGGUGAGGGUGGUAAGAGUGUUGGGUAG